AUGUCGUUGGUGUCAAUGUCUGUAGCGGGGCAAGAGCGGAUUCUAGCUCGACUUUUGCGACGUCCACUGGGUUGGAGGUCCAGCAGCACAACUCUCUUCUCUCAAUCUCUAUCUCUAUCUCGAAAGCACUUUCACCGAUCCUCAACUCACAACCACACCCCAAAACCACCUACUCACUAUACUACCAACAAAAUGUCUCCAUCAGCACAAUUCAUCGACCUCCUCAAGGCCCGUCGCACAAUCUACACUCUGGAGGCUAAAUCUCCCAUCCCCGACGCCAAAAUUCAAGAGAUUGUCGAACAAAUCCUCCUUCACACUCCUUCCUCCUUCAACUCUCAAAGUACCAGAGUUGUCUUGUUGUUCAAGGAAGAACACGAGAAGCUUUGGGAUAUUACCAAGGAUGCUUUGAAGGCUAUCGUUCCAGAGGCACAAUUUGAGGCUACUGCUCAGAGAAUUGCUGGAUUCAGAGCUGGUUAUGGUUCUAUUCUCUUCUUCGAAGACCGAAGUGUCGUCUCAAAAAUGCAAGCCGGUUUCCCAACCUACGCCGACAAAUUCCCAGUCUGGGCCACCCAGAGUGAUGCCAUGACUCAAUAUGCCAUCUGGACCGCUCUCGAGGCCGAAGGUCUCGGAGCCAAUUUACAACAUUAUGCUCCAUUGAUCGAUGCUAAGGUUGCCGAACAGUGGAAGAUUCCAGCUGAUUGGGAAUUGAAUGCUCAGCUCGUUUUUGGUACGCCAACUGCAGCCGCUGGAGAGAAGACUUUCGCUCCGCUUGAGGAGAGAUUUAAGGUUUUUGGUGCUUAG